CCGCCUGCGCCGAGCAAGGGGAGACCCAGGGAGCGUCUUACUGCACGCGCGGGACACGAGCGCCCCACGCUUCCCGGUGCUCACUGCCCGUAGCUUCUCGACCUCCUGCGCCACACGGUCCCCGGGCUCCAGAGGACCUUGGGAGAGUGCCCCAGGGGAAUCGUUUGUCGGCGGAGUGCCAGAAGCCCCCGCAGCCAUCCACGUUCCUUUGCGCGCACUUUUCUUGCCGCGCACCGGGUCUUAGACCGGCCACCAGGUGUGUGGAUGCGGGAGCGAUGGACGGGGGCGCACUGUCCCGACUUCUGCCCACCUCGCCUGCGGUCCCUGCUGCCUGCAGUGUCCGACGGAGACCCGCGUCCCCAGAACUGCUGCGCUGCAGCCGGCGGCGGCGUCCGGGAUCAGGGGAGCCCGGGGGCGGUGCGGCGGCCGUGGCGCGGCGCAAUGAGCGCGAGCGCAACCGCGUGAAGCUUGUGAACUUGGGCUUCCAGGCGCUGCGGCAGCAUGUGCCGCACGGCGGCGCCAGCAAGAAGCUGAGCAAGGUAGAGACGCUGCGCUCGGCGGUAGAGUACAUCCGCGCGCUGCAGCGCUUGCUGGCCGAGCAUGACGCGGUGCGCGCCGCGCUGGCCGGGGGUCUGCUGGCACCCGCUGCUCCGCCUCCUGCGCCCCGCGGGCCGCCCGUGACUCCCGCCACCGCAGCCUCGCCCUCCUGCGCCUCUUCGUCCCCUGGUCUCGAGGGCAGCUCGGAACCUGACUCCCCGCGGUCCACCUACUCGUCUGAAGACAGCGCCUGCGAGGGCGAACUGAGCCCCUCGGAGCGCGAGCUCCUUGACUUCUCUAGCUGGUUAGGGGGCUACUGAGUGCCUUCGUCCAUCCGCUCCAAGCCGCAGACCAGGACGCCCGGCAGCAGGCAAGCCUAAAAGCGAGCGCGCCAUCACGGGAGCCGCACGGUGGGCCAGGGACCCGGCCGACGCUGCCCUGUUGGGUCCAGCCUGACCCAGUGCCAGCGUGGAAACUGACUGGCAGCGACCUCCAAGCACCCGCAGCGGGGCGUCGACGCUUGGAGAAUUUGCCUGCGGAGUGUUACAAGGACAUAGAGAGGCUAUUUUUUUUUGCGCAUUAAGUUGAAUUGCCGCAGGGACUGUGCUGAAAACAUGAAGACUUAUUUUUGUACAAAGGAUCCUUAGGGUUGGAGCACCAUAAAAAGCGCCUGUCCUCCCCCUCCCCCUCUACUUGGAAUUUCCAAUUUGGCCAAGGCGUGGUCCAAGCAGCCCCCGAGGGCAGGAUGCCUGGUGGGACACCCUUCCUCUGAAGCCCAGCCUGGGGAGGGUGCUUGGGUGCACGGGCCCACGAUCUGGGUGGGAGCACCUGUUUUAAUUGAGGUGAACUUUAUAAAUAAAUUGGUUCUAUUUAUCAUUGGC